AUGGAGUUGGAACAACUGCGGCGCGGGAUUGAAGAGCAGGAGCGGCGUGUGGCGGCGCUCCGACAGGAGAAGCAGCGCCGGGACGCCCUGCUUGGCGAGGUUCGUGCGCUGAUUGGCGGCGUCAUGCCGCCCGUGUUCGACGAGCUCAGCUGCGACGUGCAGGAGCUCUUCCGCACGCUCAAGCAUGGCCCGCCGGUGGCAGAGUCGUCGACGACGACGACGGCCCCCGCAGGCUCCAGCCCGCGCGACGUGGAUCCCGGCGGCGUCCCCCUAUUCAGCAGCGAGAUGGAGGAGCGCAUCAUGCAGGCGGAGGAGCCGCCGCUACAGAAGCAGGUGCCACACAAAGGGCGGCGGUCACGACGCCGAAGGAAUGGGGAGGGAGGCAGAGGCGAAAAAAGUAAUAGGGCGGGGAAAGAGAGGCACGCGGCGGCGCGGCACAUGGAACCAUGCCCGUUGACUUUAAAUGAAGCGGAGAUUAGCGCAAGGGAAGCGCUCAUGGCUGCCCUAGACUCUCUGCAGCUGGAGCCUUGUGGGUCCUCAACAAGAGGGCGGGGCGUGCCGCCAUGGUUGUCGGAGGCGGAGACGCAACACCCGCAAAAUAGCACGGAUAAGGGCGAGGAAGAAGUCGUGGAGGCGUACUACUCAGACGACUUUGAGGAACUGACCGAUGUGGAACGGUGA